AUGGCGACUGAGGAUAUUGACCGUGCAAAGAUGGAGUGUAUGUUACGUACUCUAAAGUUAGCUGGUCAUGUUGGAUUUGAUAGUCUACCCAGUCAAUUGGUGAAUAAGUCCGUGCAAAAUGGAUUCUUAUUUAACAUUCUCUGCAUUGGUGAAACAGGACUUGGAAAAUCCACACUCAUGGAUUCUCUCUUUAACACGAGCUUUGAAUCUAGUCCCAGUCCUCAUAAUUUGCCAUCUGUAAAACUCAAAUCACAUACUUAUGAGUUGCAAGAAAGUAAUGUUAGAUUGAAGUUAACUAUUGUCGACACAGUUGGUUAUGGUGAUCAAAUCAACAAAGAGGAUAGCUUUAAGGCUGUUGUCGAUUAUAUAGAUGCACAGUUUGAAGCAUACUUGCAGGAAGAAUUAAAGAUCAAACGUUCACUAUCGACUUAUCACGAUAGUCGUAUACAUGUUUGUCUUUAUUUUAUAUGUCCCACUGGUCAUGGCUUAAAAUCUAUUGAUUUAGUAUGUAUGAAGAAACUGGAUACCAAAGUUAAUAUCAUUCCAAUUAUUGCUAAGGCUGAUACAAUAUCAAAGACUGAAUUACAAAAGUUUAAAACCAAAAUCAUAUCUGAGUUGCAAAACAACGGGAUACACAUUUAUCAGUUUCCGAUUGAUGAUGAAAGUGUAUCGGAGGUAAAUAAUACUAUGAACAUUCAUGUGCCAUUUGCUGUUGUCGGUAGUACCGAUUUUGUUCGCGUAGGCAACAAAAUGAUGCGCUCCCGUCAAUAUCCGUGGGGUACAGUUCAAGUCGAAAACGAAUCCCAUUGCGACUUUGUGAAAUUACGUGAAAUGCUAAUAAGCACGAACAUGGAAGAUAUGCGCGAGAAAACGCACUGCCGCCAUUACGAACUUUACCGAAAAAAAAGAUUAGAGCAAAUGGGCUUUAGUGAUGUUGAUAGCGACAACAAACCAGUAAGCUUCCAACAAACAUGCGAAGCAAAGAGAUCAAUUCACUUACAAGAAUUGCAGCAAAAAGAAGAUGAAAUGCGACAGAUGUUUGUCGCCCGUGUGAAAGAAAAAGAAGCUGAGUUAAAAGAAGCGGAGAAAGAACUGCAUAGUAAAUUUGACAAACUGAAGAAGGAUCAUACAGAAGAAAAGAAGAAACUAGAGGAAAGUCGUAAAAAACUUGAGGACGAUAUAUUGGAAUUUAGUAGACGAAAAGCGCAAUUUGCGCAGCAACCCCAACACCACACGUUGACAUUAGGCAAAAGCAAAAAGAAGUGAAAAGUAUUUGACCAGAAAAAUAUCUUUUUAUACCGUUCGAACAUGACUAUGCAUUUUAAUUGCAUUAUUCAUUGAAAGUAUUAUUUUAAUUAUCUUAUACAUUAUUAUAUAUUAUUCUAUCUUAUCUGUUUUUUAUACUAUUUUAUUAUAGUAUUCAAUUACCAAAAGUUUUUUCUGAUCAUGUGCGAAAAAUAGCGCUUAAAGUCAAGUAUGAUUCGUAUUAAGUAGAAAUAAUAUCCAUAAGAAGAGAAUAUUUAACCAAACUUAUACCUUGCUUUAUAAUAACUUUAUAUGAAAUAUAUAUUUAGUAUGUCAGCAAAAAGAAACUACUUUUCUCCAAACAAUAUGUCAUUGAUCAAUAGUAAUAUUAGCUUUUACAAUAUUGAUAUUAGUAAAUAACAAAAUUAUCUCAUUUAUAUAAGGAAAAAUGAUAUUGUCUAAGUGUUACAACAGUUUUUGGGUUAAAAAAUAUUUAAUCAUGUGUGUUAAAUAUUUUUAAUAGUAUCUCAAUAUUACAUCAUACGAAAAAAAGAAACAUUUUCUCAACUAUGAUAAAUAGGCAAAAUUCCACGAACUGUAAAUCUAUAAAAAUAACUAAUAAGUAGAUUUAGGACCUUUGUGUCGCUAAAUUACUCUGUACUAAUCUCCUCGUUUUAAACACUCCUUAGCAGUCAACCGCCUAGCAGUACCGUAUAUCAAUGACAUGUACAUAGACCAAUGGUCUAUUCUUUUCAGCUGCAUUGCUACACUGGUGCAAUAAGCUAAAGUGAAAUAAAAUAUAUUUGUCUCAUUCUAACUUAUUGCACCAGUGCAACAGAUAGCUGAAAAGAACAAACCUCAAGCAUUCUGUCCACAAAGUAAAGCCAGAAGUUGGCAGUUUAAAACAGAGUGAGAAAGUUGAUGUGCCUCUAGUGCUUUCUCACUCUAUAUUGACUGUUAAGAAGAAGGGUUCUUUUAACACUGCAAAUACUUUAAAACGUUAAAUAAAACAAUGUGAUUGAUCCAUUCGUCGCUCUGCACUUACAGUACUAAACAGAACUAUUUAUAGCACU